UCCACUACCUGCGCAGGGAGCGCUGACCAUGGCUCCUUGGCCUGAGGUGGAAAAUGCCCAGCCCAACCCAGGUAAAUACAUCGAAGGCAUCACGAACCAACAGCCCCCCACGGAUGGGAAAGGAAAGGAGACCAACAAAAAUGUCGCCGGGACCUCUGAAACCAAGAUUGAACUUCUGCCAUCCCACUCCACCGCCACCCUGAUAGAGGAGCCCACCGACACAGAAGACCCCUGGGACCUGCCCGAGCUUCAGCACAAGGGGAUCAAGUGGACAGAGAGAGACACCGAAGGGAAGAUUCUGUGUAUCUUGCAAGGGAUUGGGAAGUUCCUUCUGCUCCUGGGGUUCCUCUACCUGUUCGUGUGCUCCUUGGAUAUCCUCAGCAGUGCCUUCCAGCUGGUUGGAGGAAAAAUGGCCGGGAAGUUCUUCAGCAGCAACUCUAUCAUGUCCAACCCCCUGGCGGGACUGAUGAUCGGGGUGCUGGUGACAGCCAUGGUACAAAGCUCGAGCACCUCCACAUCCAUCAUUGUCAGCAUGGUGGCCUCCUCACUGCUGACGGUGCGGACUGCCAUCCCCUUUGUCAUGGGAGCCAACAUUGGAACCUCGAUCACCAACACCCUCGUGGCACUCAUGCAGGCAGGAGACCGAAAUGUAUUCAGAAGGGCUUUUGCCGGUGCCACCGUCCACGACUUCUUCAACUGGCUCUCCGUGCUGGUGCUCCUGCCCGUGGAGGUCUCCACCCACUACCUGGAGGUCCUGACCAACCUGAUAGUGGAUUCCUUCCAUUUCAAAAGUGGAGAAAAUGCCCCGGAACUUCUGAAAGUUAUCACAAAUCCUCUUACAAAGCAAAUUAUCCAGCUGGAUAAAAAGGUUAUCAACCAGAUUGCAAUGAAUGACCCAGCAGCUCAGAACAAGAGUCUGAUCAAGAUUUGGUGCAAAACUUUGACCAACGUGACUCAGAUGAAUGUCACCGUCCCCUCGAUUCAGAACUGCACCUCCCCCGACCUCUGUUGGACAAAUGGUUUCCACACCUGGACCAUCAAGAAUGUGACCCACCGGGAGAAUAUUGCCAAGUGCCAGCACCUCUUUGUGAAUGCCAACCUCCUGGAUCUUGUUGUUGGCAUCAUCCUGCUGGUCACCUCCCUGCUGGUGCUCUGUGGCUGCCUGAUCAUGAUCGUCAAGGUCCUGGGCUCUGUGCUCGAGGGGCGAGUAGCUGUUGUCAUCAAGAAGACCAUCAACACUGAUUUCCCUUUCCCCUUUUCCUGGCUGACUGGCUACCUGGCUAUCUUAGUCGGGGCAGGCAUGACCUUCAUCGUGCAGAGCAGCUCAGUGUUCACAUCUACUUUGACCCCACUGAUCGGUGUCGGUGUGAUAAGCAUUGAGAGGGCGUAUCCACUCACGCUGGGGGCCAACAUCGGCACCACCACCACCGCCAUUAUGGCCGCCUUGGCCAGUCCAGGCAAAACCUUGAGGAGCUCACUCCAGAUCGCCCUGUGCCACUUUUUCUUCAACAUCACGGGUAUCCUUCUGUGGUACCCAAUCCCGUUCACCCGCCUGCCCAUCCGCCUGGCCAAGGGGCUGGGCAACAUCUCAGCUAAGUACCGCUGGUUUGCCGUCUUCUACCUGGUCAUCUUAUUCUUCCUGGUCCCACUGUCCGUGUUUGGCCUCUCGCUGGCUGGGUGGCCCGUGCUGGUGGGUGUGGGGGUGCCCAUCAUCCUCGUGAUCCUUCUGGUGGUGCUGCUCAAGCUCCUGCAGGCCCGCUGCCCCCGCAUCCUGCCCAAGGUGUUCCAGACCUGGAACUUCCUGCCCCUGUGCAUGCGCUCGCUGAAGCCCUGGGACAUCGCGGUCUCCCUGGCCACCGGCUGCUGCAUGAGGAACUGCUGCUGCUGCUGCCGCAUCUGCUGUCGCUUCUGCUGCAGGCUCUGCUGCCCCACGUGCUGCCGCUGCAGCAAGUGCUGCCAGGACCCCGUGGAGGAGGAGGACAUCCACAUCAAGGUCCCCGAGUCCUUUCGUAGCCUCUCCAUGGUCGUGGAGGCCCCGGAAGGGGUCCCCAAGUCCAAAGUGGACGCCCUGAACACAAACACCACCUCCAGCCUCACAGCCUUGUAGGGGCUGCCCCCGAGGUGGGAGGAGGGGCCCCAAGUCUCCCUUGCUCCCUCCUGGUUCUGCAACGCCGUUCUCCACUUUGCUGAGAAAUGGCAUCAACAUCAGCUCUGACUCUCAUUCCCCUUUGCGCAUGUGUUAGCCUGCAUGGUCACUCUGUCUCCGCCCCUACUCCUUGGUCUCCCACUCCCAGGAAGGUGCAGAAAGAGAGUUAGACAAUGAAGCCUGGCUUGAUAAUGGAUCCCCUCCACCCACCCACUCUUGCACACAGAUGGGUUGGCCAAUGGGACUUAUUCUCAGACGUAACCAUCUUCUGAAGUCCCAAGGGAGGAAUUUAUGGAAGGUUCUCAAAGAUGCACACACACAUAUGCUUUUCUUAUUGUGAUAAAAUUCUCCUUUACCAUAGCCUGGCUUCAACCCAGAGCAGCUGCCUCCCAGGUGUCCUCUCCCCAGAGCAGGACAGUUUCAGGGCAAGAGGCCUUGGAGAACACAAGCAUGGGCCUUGCUCUUUCCCAGUGCUCCCCAAGGCUCCCUCACCUGGGCAGGUAGGGCUAGUCCAAGCAUUUUACCUGCUGAGUCUUUGAGUUUCCAGGAUGGUAGCCAGGAUGGACUUUGACCCACCUGUUGCCUCAUCUUCCUAAGGGGAGAUCAGGUGACAGCAGGGUCCGUGUGUGUCUGUGGGUCCAAGGUAUGUGCUCCUUCUUGCCCCACAUGCCCUCUGUGCCUUCUAGAGCCCCAGCUGUAUUUACCCCUUUGCCCUCCACACUCCUCACCUCUAGUUCUCCCUGGAGAGGAGACUUCCACCAGGUCCGGGGAGGGGGGACUAUGCCACAGCGCAUCCGUCAUGACAGGCCGGGACACCAAACCAAGCCCUCCCCUGGCCUUCCCCCGUGUAGAUAGCAAUUCCCUAACAGCCAUUUAUACGCCAUAUUUAUAGCCGUGCACCUGUACAGCGUUUUUAUAAGUUAUAUAGUAAUAGUAGUGUGACUUGUUUGGGGCUCUCAUUUGGAAAUGUCAAGGGAAACAACACUAUCUGUAUUUUGUAAUGCUGGCUUUUCAACACUCCUCUGUAAGCCCUUCCCGUGCCUCACUGUAAAUACAAAAGCUAAGCCUGGGCGGGCUGCGGCCCUCUUUGCACUCUACAGAUUGGAUCCUUGUACCUGUAUUGAUUGUAUUUUUUGUAACUGGUUGUGGGAAAGAAAAAAUAAAGAUGAUCAAACCCAAAAA